ACUAAAUAAUAGAAUUGAAUAAUCUAAGUUGCAUGAAUAAAGAACAUGCCGUCUAAUUGCAGUUGCAAAUUUAGUGGACCAUUCUAUAAUUAGAUCAAAAACGAGCUUGAAAGGUGGUCAAUAAACGCACGUUAAAAAAACUCUCGUUUAAAACCCAUAUCCACAUGCAAUCAAUUAUUUUUUAAGAUUGAACAACGCAGAAAAAUUGAAUGCAAGUCUGUGCAAUUCGGCAAGAUGAGGUCACGGAUUGAGAAUAUUCUCCACAAUGCCCCUCUUUUGGUGGAUCUUUAAUCUGCAGAGCAUAUUUACACAGAUGCUGUUGAAUAGCUUUUACUUAUACCCACAGGAGGAUAUAGAUUGAAGAAGUUGAAUCCUUGGGUUUCAUUGCAAAAUGGAAGCACCAUUGAAUCACCUUUUGUUUUUGUUGGUUUUGAUGCUAUUCAGUGGUAUACCAUGUUUUGGUGGAAUAACCAGCAAGUAUGUGAGAAAAACUGAAGCAUCUAUGGACAUGCCCAUGGAUAGUGAUGUUUUUAGGAUUCCAGAAGGUUAUAAUGCCCCUCAACAGGUCCAUAUUACUCAAGGAGAUCAUGAGGGUAGGAGUGUACUUGUAUCAUGGGUUACACCCUCUGAGCCUGGGUCUAAUACUGUUCUCUAUGGAACUGAGCAAUCUAAGUACAAAUAUUCAGCAGAGGGGAUUGUUACAAGCUACAAGUAUUAUAACUAUACAUCAGGCUACAUUCAUCAUUGUACAGUAAAGAGAUUAAAGUAUGAUACCAAAUAUUUUUACAAGAUUGGAUUGGGAAACACAACACGGGAGUUUUCUUUCUUAACCCCUCCAAGCAUUGGUCUGGACACACCUUAUACAUUUGGUAUCAUUGGAGAUCUUGGUCAAACAUUUGACUCAAAUAAGACCUUUCAGCAUUAUUUAAAGACAAAAGGACAGGCAGUUCUGUUUGUAGGAGAUCUUUCUUAUGCAGAUCACUAUCCAUUUCAUGAUAAUAGAAGGUGGGACAGUUGGGGGCGAUUUACUGAAAAAAGUGCAGCUUACCAACCUUGGAUAUGGACAGCAGGAAAUCAUGAGAUUGAUUUUGCUCCUGAAAUUGGAGAAAUACAUCCUUUCAAACCAUACAUGCAUAGAUAUCAUGUCCCAUAUCGUUACUCACAAAGCACGGCUCCAUUUUGGUACUCAAUUAAGCGUGCAUCAGCGUACAUCAUUGUCCUCUCCUCAUACUCAGCAUAUGGAAAAUAUACUCCCCAGUAUCAAUGGCUUAGUGACGAACUUCCAAAGGUUAACAGAUCAGAAACACCAUGGUUGAUUGUUCUCAUGCACAGCCCAUGGUACAAUAGCAAUACUUACCACUACAUGGAAGGGGAGACUAUGCGAGUCCAAUUUGAAUCGUGGUUUACAAAAUAUAAGGUUGACGUUGUUUUCGCAGGUCAUGUUCAUGCCUAUGAGAGAUCAAAGCGGGUAUCGAACGUGGCUUAUAACAUAACAAAUGGGGAGUGUACACCUGCGUUUAAUUCAUCUUCCCCAGUGUACAUUACUGUAGGCGAUGGAGGAAAUAUAGAAGGCCUUGCAUCAGUGUAUACAGACCCUCAACCUGAAUACUCUGCAUACAGGGAAGCAAGUUUUGGACAUGCAAUCUUUGACAUUAAAAAUCGAACUCAUGCUUACUAUAACUGGCAUCGUAAUCAGGAUGGAGAUGCUGUAGUGGGUGAUUCCCAAUGGUUCUACAAUCGGUAUUGGUAUCCUCAAAAUGAACCUACAUCAGAAAUCUAAACCUAAUAUUCUUUUGUAAUUCUGAGAACAUCUCCACAAAUAAGAUCUCUUACCGGGCAUGGUGGUUACCUGGUGUUGAUGGCUGUAACUGGUCACUAACUUCAACAGUAAUCUUCCAACAUUAAUAAAGGCUUGGCUUGUGGGACUUUGAUUUCCUCUCUGUUUUAUCAUUUUUUGAAUGGCGACCUGAUGGAAAAGCAGGGCCAUAACAUGUUAGUUUUGGUUAAUUUAUACUCUGGAGGUGCAUGAUUUGCAUCUGAAUAAUACAUAUAUGCUACCAUAUUCAUACGA